AGAGAGUAAAUAUUCUCGCCAUAUACAGCGCAAUAGUACCUCUGCUCUCGAUAAGUAAAUAGUGUUUGCUGAGUAACAUUCAAGUUUUAAUCAAGAUUACACGUCUAUAAUGGAAAUUUCAUUUAAAGGAAAAAGGGUGCUUGUUACUGGCGCCGGUCAAGGAAUCGGCCGCGGUAUUGCUAUUGAAUUAUGGCGAGCUGGAGCCAAAGUUGUGGCUUUAUCAAGAACAAGAUCUCACCUAGAGAGUCUAAAAAACGAGUACCCAUCCAUAGAUAUUGUUGACGUUGAUGUAUCUGACUGGGACACAACUCGCGAAGUGGUUGAAUCCCUUGGUCAUUUCGAUGCCCUAGUUAAUAACGCUGCAAUGGCUAUUUGCCAGCCUUUCUUGGAAUGCACGCCUGAUUCCUUCGAUAAAAUGACCAGCAUUAAUGUUAAGUCUAUUAUCAACAUAAGCCAAGUAGUGGCCAAAAAAAUGAUAGACAGCAAAACAAAAGGAGCAAUUGUCAAUAUUUCUUCGCAAGCAUCUAAGGCGGCACUUAAAGAUCACACAGUAUAUUCAGCAACAAAAGCGGCUCUGGAUGCAAUCACUCGCUCUAUGGCUCUAGAACUCGGACCUUAUGGUAUAAGGACAAAUGCCGUUAACCCAACGGUGAUCAUGACGGCUAUGGCCAAGGUUGGCUGGUCAGACCCCGAGAAGGCCCACGGAAUGCUAUCGAAAAUACCUCUGGGAAGAUUUGGUGAAGUUUCUGAGGUAUCUGACGCAGUACUUUAUCUUCUAAGCGAUAAGGCGAGUAUGAUCAACGGAGUCGAAUUGCCGAUCGACGGUGGAUUCUUGGCAACGUAAAUGAAAAAAAAAUCAAGAAAACACCUAAUUUCCUGGGCUACUGUCUAUAUUCCUAUAAAAUAUGUUAUUUUCUUAUUAAAAUUAUUAUGCAAUA